AUGACGGCUGAGCAACAGCAGGUCGGUUGUCCUGGUGAUGAGUCUGCUAGUGGUCUCCAACUCAAAGACGUUCCUCUGACCACCGGCUCUGGUAACAUACUUUGUGACGUCUCAACUCCCUUUCAUCGCCCUUUUGUGCCCGCCUCGAUGCGUCGAGCUGUAUUUCAAAUUCUGCAUGGACUCUUCCACCAUGGGAUCCGAGCCUCCCAAAAGCUCCUCGCGGAAAGGUUUGUCUGGCCUGGCAUGAACAAGGACGUCAAAGCUUGGGCCCGGUCGUGUCUGAGCUGCCAGCGCAACAAGGUGCAGCGUCACAACAAGUCCCCAACAGGCACUUUCCCCAGUCCCGACGCGUGGUUUAGCCAUGUGCACCUGGAUGUUGUAGGCCCCUUGCCUCCAUCCAAUGGUUUCACCUACCUCCUUAUCUGUGUCGAUCGGUACACCCGUUGGGCUGAAGCUGUUCCUUUGCCGAAUGUGCAGGCUGAAACAAUCGUGAAGGCCUUCGUCAGUCGUUGA